AUAUGGGUUACACGCUGACAAUUUCGAUUUUGUUUUUGAGCCUUGCCUGGGCUGCUCCACCAAAAACAGAAAAUGAGAUCAUUGCUCAAUUUUUUGGAUAUGCCGAGACCAUUCGUAGCAUUCAAGCUCGAAAUAUGCUGAUGGUCACAAUAAAGUUUGUGCAGGAAAUAGUGGACAGCGUGCCGAAUGAGCAUCGUGGACCGGGAACAGCUGCUCUUGAGUCCUAUAUUAACCAUGGUAGAGAGCUCAUUGAGCGCGGCACAAGUGAUGAAAAAUAUAACUACUUCUACAAUCUGCUAAAUAUAAUCAAUACAGUAAAGGGCAACAUAGAUCCAUCGACACACGAAUCUCAAGUGAUCGGAUUGACAUCAUUGGGUUUACUAAACGUUUCUCGUGAUUUCGUCAGGGAGGGUGAAAAAUUCCACAAUAAAUUCCUUCAAGGAGCAUCCCAAAUGAAGGCAAAGUUGACUCCAACCACAAUAGCCCGAGAGAGCGAUCUUUUUAAUGUGAUCAACGAAUGCAUAAAUUCUGAUUUUCACCAUCGUGAGGACCUAAUUCAACAAUUUCUAAGCUUCAAAAAUAGGUACUAAAAUGCUCAAAGCAAUGCAAUAAAAUUAAAGCAUUUAAUAACAUCAACCCCCUGUCAUCAAAUUUUAAUCAUAAUUCGUGAUUUAGCGA